GGAACGUAAUGCAUACCAGGAACAUAUAUGUAUUGAGCUGAAAAAUACCAGGAUUACCAGAGGAAAGACAGGACAAGACCAUGAAAAAUGGCUUCCCCAUGAGUGCAAUGAGGUACCAUGAGGCGAUUACAUACUAUGAGAAAGUGCUUGCACUAUCAACCAGAAGUUUGAGCACCUAUGCAGGUCUUGCCUACCCUUACCAUUUGCAGGAUAAUUUUACUGCAACAAUUAUAUACUAUCACAAGGCUUUAUGGCUGAAACCAGAUGAUCAAUUCUGCACAGAAAUGUUGACAUUAGCUCUGGUAGACGAAUGCCGCCAUGGUGUAGAGCCCAAACGGAUUCCUGUCAAAACGAUUUAUUUAUAUAUUGAGAACAUGAAAAUUACUGCCAAUGUUGUAUUUUAUGUAGCCAAUAUAUAAAUUAUACACGAUGAACUAGGUAUAUUUUCUAUUGUACCAGUAGAAGAAAUAUCUGGCAUUUUACUCGUUUAUUUAUUUGCAACCUACUGGCAUCACCAUUGUUACAAAUGAUCCUCUUUCUCAUUAUAUAGAUUCUUUCCCCCAAAAUUUCUGGGAUCUUUGUAUUGGGUUGGCUGGUGAUGCACACAGCUCUUCUACAAUAUAUUGUUGGAAUUACAAGGCUGAACUUUAUAUAGUUGGAAUUGUUCCAUUGCCUUCUUAAUGUAGCAUUAUAAAUGGUAUGACAUGCAAUUGCUAAAUGUUCUAUC